AUGACGGCUCGUGCCGUCCGGGCCGUGCUGGCAGCCUUGUUGGUAGCGUACUCAGCGGCUGCAGUCGACUUUUGCCCGGUGCUUCACGCGAGGGCCGCGUUCGCGGUUUCUGGUCUCUGCCGCGCCCGCUCUGGCAGGCGCUGUGCCGCGCUGACGCUGAUUGACGACGGCGGCUGCUCGCUCGCCCUCAACGCGAAGGCUGCCUUUGCCGCCUCAGCGAUGGCGACGGUGCUGCUCCAUCCGAUCGACACGCUCAAGACGCGGCUGCAGUCGGACGCAUACACUGUGUCGCCCGCUCGCGCUCCGGUCCUCCGACGCCGGCGUCCCGCACCGGACGAGCCGGCGCGGCCGCGACUGAUGACGGGCCUGUACACGGGCCUGCCCGCGAACGUGCUUAAGGAGGCGCCCGACGCCGCGGUCUUUCUGAUGGUCUCCGAGGAGCUCAGCCGCACCCUCGCCUACUCCUCGCCGUGGUUUGCGAGCCACCUGGCGGCGGUCGCAGAUGCCAAAGACCGUAUGGGUUCAGACACAUGCUCCCUGCGAACGCUUGAGAAGUCACACGAACACACGGUGCCGAGAGUAACCGCGCCGGGGACGCUCACCCUCAUGCUGAGCGGCGCCGUCGGAGACGCGGCUGGCUCGGUACUGUGCAAGCGGCUUCAGACCGCGAGCGGCGCGGGCGGCGAGGAGGGGGGGCUUGGGCUGGGAGGGUGGCACCGCGCGCUCGCCGACAUUGACACAGAGCUGCAAGUCGCGGCGUACGCAGAGGCAAAGCAGCGGCUGCAAGAGGCCGCCCUUCGCUUGCACGAGCUCGGCAGCGACCUCGGCUCUUGGAGCCAGCGAGCGAACGCCGCCCGAUGUUCGGGAGUCAGCGAGCUCGCCGCCGACGCGGUGGCGCCGCUGCCCCCGCCGCCGGCAAACUCCCGCUCGGCUGGCGUGGACCUAGUGCGAGAGCAAGGCGCGUGCACGCUGCUACGCGGGAUCACGUGUCGCACGCUCUACUACGCGCCGCUGAUCGGCGUCUUCUUCGGCCUGUACGAGCACUUUCGUCGCGUCUUGAGCUGAGGCGGACCGGAGGCGCCAGCGGGGGCGGAGAGCGGGAAGUCGAGCGGGAAGGGCGUCGAUUGCGUCGGGGUGGGGCUGUGCAGAGCUCUGACCUCUGUGGCUUGUGAGGAAGGACUUGAGUGACGGACUGACAGCAGCAACUUGAGUGAUUCGUUGUUUGCGAGAGGCUUUCAGGACCGGAGAAGAAGUGUCACGCUACCAAAA